AUGGCGUCUGAACUCUCCAUCUCCGAAGAUGUCUUGACAGACAUCAGAAGCGUGUUCUCCAUCAACGACAGCAGUGACUACGAUAAGACAACCUUGGAUUUCUUGGCCCACACGAUUUCGUAUGCUGGAGGAUCGGUGUCGGGCGAGGCAGCCGAGAACAGCAGGCUCGCAGCCGGAAAUCCGGACCCCCUACCCUCUUAUGCAAACGAUCAGCGGCCCGGGAUACAAUUCUUGACCGUGUUGCCUGUCUUGCGAUACUUCGUGAAUGAUCUGGAAGGACGUUACGGCGACAAGCCGUUCAAGAACAUCCUGCCUCCGUAUCAGGUGCAGACGAGAUUAAAACAACUCGAGGGCUUCAAUGACCACCCGGAUGUCCCUACCGCUAUUCGGCUGACUGAAGCUGAAAGAGACAAGCUGGCAGUCGCAUGUAAGGAUGCGGAUGUCGCGCUACCACCGGAGGAAGAAUUCAGAGCGUGGACGUGGAGGACGUACCGGGCUUUUUGCAUCUUGUGGCACCGGUACAAGCUGGCCCGGCCUCAGAAAUUUUCCGACGUCGCUCGUAUCAACGACGCUUUGUCAGGUGUGACCCUCGGGCUUUCUGAUCUGCGCUGUGAACUUGUCAUGCCAAAGAAGUCCGAUUUCGAGAAGCGGUUCUGGAAGGGGAGCGUGUCCUGCCUGCCGAUUCUCCCCGGAGCAUUGCAGUGUCUUUGUGCCAUGGGACGUUCAAUGAGUAUCACCGUCUAUUGUAUAACUACUCUCGGCGUGAUUUUGUUCUUGUGUUCUUUAGAUCUCACAGGAAUGACGACAGAAUCCGAAUCAAAGGCCUUUGGGUACAGCGAUCUCGUCUACAACCCCCAUCGCAGGACCCACCCGCCGUUGAAGAUGUCUUCGAUCGACUUGUCUUAUGGCACUGAUGGGACUAUCGCCUCCGCGUCCGAUGCCAAGCUUAGCAAUGUCUUCUCCAUCAACGCAUCGGCACUCGAUCUCGAAUCCAAAGAAGCAUUGACCGCCUAUUGCUCCUACGCCCAAGGUCGCGUUUCCAUCGCAGCUGCCCGAGUGAAACGCGACAAAGCGAGAGCAACAAUCUCAAAAACCAUACCAGAUCCCAGUAGAAAGGCGGGGGACCAUCGACUAACCUUGCUCGACACCUUGGGAUACUUUACGGGUGACCUGGAUGCCAAAGUCAGGGAAGACGACGGCAUGCUUCCUUACGACCAGAGCGCCAUGCUGAAAUUACUCGGGCCAUUCAAUCAGGAACUGGAGUCGCACGAUAAAGAGAAGCAUCUUGCUCUGACGGACGAGGAAUUGAAUACUCUGGCCGGUGCGUGCCUGGACGCCGGCGGUCCUGACAUGAAGUAUCCAUGGGGAGACAGAUCGUGGAAUUUCGGCGUCUUCCGAGCGUUCUGCAUCCUCUUGCAAGAACACAAGCGCGCCAAACUUGGCAAAGCCGAUGCAGCCUCGAUGAAUUCAACCGAUUCACCUGCCUUGACCUCCUAGUCUCUCAGAAUCUGAGCGAAGAGAGGCACAUCGAAACCACAUAGCUCCGGGC